AUGUUCUUAUUUUUGUAUUUCAGUUACAAAACGCUUUACGCAUUUGACGCAGAAGAACCCGGAAUCUCUUAUGGGACACUGAGUUCGACUUCAAUUCCAUCUUCUGAAAUGGAAAAUGUUUACAAAUGGAUUUCUGCCCUUCCGAACAUCGAAACUCGGGAAAGUGCUUUACUUGAACUGUGUAAAAAACGCGAGAGCGUUCCAGAGCUCGCUCCUCUCCUUUGGCAUUCUUGCGGUUCUAUCGCGGCUCUUUUGCAAGAAAUAUGUGCUAUAUAUCCCUACAUUAAUCCGCCAAACUUGAACGCUCAUCAGUCUAAUCGAGUUUGCAAUGCUCUGGCUCUUCUUCAAUGUCUGGCAUCUCACCCGGAAACGCGAAGCGAGUUCUUGAAGGCAAACAUUCCUCUAUAUCUCUACACCUUCCUCAACACCAGCAACAGAACUCGCCCGUUCGAAUACCUUCGACUGACAAGCCUUGGUGUUAUUGGCGCAUUGGUGAAGACCGAUGAACCAGAGGUAAUCGCUUUUCUCCUUGGAUCGGAAAUCAUUCCUCUGUGUUUGGUUAUCAUGGAAUCUGGAAGUGAGCUGAGCAAAACGGUUGCCACCUUCAUCAUGCAAAAGCUCCUGUUGGACGAAGUCGGGCUGGCCUACAUCUGUCAGACUUACGAACGAUUUGCCCAUGUCGCAACCGUCCUAGACAAAAUGGUAAAUCACCUGGCGAAAGAACAGUCACUUCGCUUACUGAAGCAUGUGAUCCGAUGUUAUCUACGCCUCUCAGACGACGCUCGAGCACGUGACGCGCUAGGUUCAUGUCUUCCGCAGCAACUAACCGAUGGAACUUUCUCCAGCUUGUUAGAAAACGAUAUAUCUACCAAACGAUGGUUAAACCAGCUCCUCCGUCAAGUUGCAGUCCGCGCGCCUGCUAUUCCUGGCGUGAACGCGAGCUGCGUACAGAACGCUGGAGGUACCGGGGACGCCAUCCAAGGUGGCCGGGGACCGCGACAAGCAUUCCCGCCUUCAACUACAAACCUGAACAUGCCCAAUGGAGUUACUGCUGUACCCAGCUCCAUUCCUGUUGUCUCAAGCCAAACACCUGUCGUCUCCGCAGCCUCCGAUGCAGCUAGCACUUCCGCCAUGCACUCAGCUUCCUUCGCUGUACCGUCGUCUCAACCUUCUGGCAACAUGAGCGGCUAAUUCAACGGAGUUUCGAUGAACUAAACUCAAGGAUGGUUUUACGUACUCGUAUUUCUAUUUUCUCGCGCUCUUAGCCCUGUUGUAUGGCACACAUACUUGUUCCGGACAUCUGGAGUGCACAUCUUGUCUAUUUCGUUGUUUCUAUAAAUGUCCGCUAUACAACCGCAUAUACGUGAUUUUU